AUGUACCCGAGUGAGGGCGUUUUAGCGGGGCCGGAGGAGAGGGGAGUCAAAGGAGGAGUCCUUGCCCCCGGGCUCCCCCUCCUCCAGCAGAUCGGCUGCUGGCAUCUCAAUCUCAGUGGCUGGGUGAGUAAACCAUACUCCCCUACCUCCUCUCUCUGUCUCCAUCUACCUUUCUCUCAAUUCCUGUGCUCCAUCACUUUAUGUUACCGUUGAACUUUAAGGAUCAGAUGAUGAUUGUUGUGAUUUAAGGGGGGCCCGGGGGGUAUUCCCCCUCCUGUAAGUGCAGGCCGGUGGUCAUCUGCUUUAAAGUGGCUUUAAAGAUAGCUUUUUCCUUUCAAAUAUUCCUUUUUGCCUUUUUUUAAGUGGCUGUGUAUGUUUAUGUGCGGGGAGGGGGUGUUCUUGAUCUUGGCGUGUGUUUGGGAGGUGUGUGUGGGGAUAUGCAAAUUAGCAGUGUACAUUUACAGAAACAGGCCAAAGACAGGACGCAGCAUUUGAAAUAAUUGUCCUAAUUGCCAUUUUGUUUUAAAUUGCUAUUCAAAUCUAUAAACAGUUAUUUACUAAUAAGUUCAGUAGAACUUUGUAUUAUUCCUCAAAAGAUCAUACCUUGUUAUUCAACUGAAUAGUAUUUCCUAGACAAAGCAUUAUUUGAUCAUGCUCAUGUCUAACCAUGAAAUGUAAAAUAUAAUUGAAAUAACCCACAAAUUAACAUAUUCCUCUCUUAAUUUUGCCGUCUAAUUCAAAAUUAUAAUUGCCUCCUCUUUCAACUGAAAAUGUGAGGCGCUGAUUGCAUUUCAAAAGAUGAUGACAGAACUCAGUGUAGCUCUUGCACUGUAGUAUCACUGCUUCGAGACACCACUUCAACUCGGGUAGGACAGCUCAAGAGAUGUUUACAUUCUAAUGAGGAAGCAUAAACACACAUAGCACAUUGCUCUUGUAUAAAACUCAAUAUACAAUACAUUUUAGACAAUUAUUUAUUAAAAUCACAUUGACAAAGUCAUAUGGAAGAUAUAUUGCUAAAUGUAAAUUUGACAAAUGACAGACUUCAAUAUGUAUGAAUGAAUGAAGAGAGAUGGAGAAUGAGAGCAAAGGCUUUGGCCCAGAUACAUUUUUUGUUAGGUCCUGUGAUCAGCAGCAAGCAUGUCACAGAAGCAAAGUGAAUAGAUUAACUUUUAAAUAUACUGACUCGGUCUCUAGAGCAAGAUACCCUUGGAGUGGGCUGCUUUUUUUCUCCCUUUCUGGAAUAGCAAUACUGAUCGCCUGGCGCCUUUCCUAAAUUCUUACAUUUUUUUCCCAACACAGUAUUGAGAUCCUUUAAUGUUACUGAGAUAGUAUUUUAGUGCAAACACAACAGUGAGGGUUGGUUCCAUGUCUAAAUAUGGAAAAUAUUGGUGUAUUUAAUGCUGCAGAAAUUGUCCAGUUUUAACUAAAAUAUGGUGAUCUAAGUUCAUGUUUGUAUUUUUAUUCUGACACUGUACACUCUUAGAAACAAUUUGCUCUCUAAAAGGGUUCUUCGGUUGUCCCUAUAGGAUAAACCUUUGAAGAACCCUUUUUGGAUCCAGGUAGAACCUGUUUGGGUUCCACCUGAAACCAAAAAGGGUUCUACCUGGAACCAAAAAGGGUUCUCUUAUGGGUACAGCCAAAGUGUUUAUACAGUAUGUUCAUAGAAGAUUACGCUUUAAGAUAUUGUAUUGGUAAAGAAACCAACACAAAAUGGUAUAUAAUGUUGUUUCUCUGCUCGUUUGACCCCAAGGUGUUGCAUUAAUGAAAAUGUAGCAUUGUUACUAGGAUUUGAUGUGUAGACUAGGAUCUGUAUCUUUGUGAAUGUUCAGUUUGAUCUCCAUCACUGCUAACAGUGAGAGGGAAAAUGUAGUUACUGUCAACAGAGAUGUGAUAUGGGCGUCGCUUGAAGAUGAUAAUAUUUUGCCUGGAGCGGGCACUCUUAACGCCUUAAAGGUGAACUUUUUAUGAAAAUAAAUCCUAUCACGCCAAAAAGACCUGUUGUGAUAGUGGACAAUAAUUUUGUAUUGCCAUGGUAAUGACAUCAGUUUGUGUUUAGUUUUUGAGUUUAUCAGAUAAUGUGAAAGUCCACACACACAAGCUCCAAUCAUUCCCUCCCUCCCUCCCUCCCUCCCUCCUUCCCUCCCUCCCUCCCUCCCUCCCUCCCUCCCUCCCUCCCUCCCUCCUUCCCUCCCUCCCUCCCACUCCUCUUGCACAGUGUGUGUUUUCUGCAUCGUGUCCCUGUGUGUGUGCUUGGAUGCGGGCCACUGGCACAUUUUGGGAGCGGAUCAGGGCCCUGGCAGCUUUUUCUGCUAGCUCUGGAAUUUGUGCGCCUGCGAGGACCCCUAUCCAUCACUACGCUGUCAGCCCCCCACCUCUUUCCCCCCUCCCUGGUCCCCCACCGCCCCCCUCACUCAACCCCACUACAGCUCAUUAGAGCCUGCAAGGCGUUGUGACAACUCAUCAUAUCAUGAGAUAAAGCAUGGAGAGACGUGCGGGGCCCCCCAGGGGCCACUAGGUCACCACCUUCACAUUAAGUCUUCAAAUUGCCCUGCAAGGUGCCACCAGGCGGAAAUGCAAGGCCAACAGCUUUUUCCUGUCCUGCUUUUCUCUCCAGGGUCGCUCUCGCUCUCUCUCACAAUCUGUGUCCUCCUCCUCUUUGCUUCUGUCUCUCACAGGGCAUCCUCUUGCAACUGUCAUUCCCACAUGCCUGUGGUGAAGCAGCUCAAAGAGUGAUUUGUAAGAGUUUAAAAAAAUGUUUGAUUAGCCUAGUUUCCUCUUAUUUAUUUUAAGAAGUUUAUAACUAGACUAAUUGAUAAGCAAUAUUGUAAAAACAUAGUUAUUGACUCAAAUGUACCAUUGUAAUGUGAAAUACCACUUGAUAAAGGUCAGGCUUUAUUUUCGGAUCCAAAACCAUGGUCAGUUGAACUAUAAAGAAAGAGGGUACCUAACCAACUCUGUCAAGUUGUGUCCGCCCUACAUUAGCCCCAGGACAUGAGUGGCUGAUGGGAAAGCCUAGGGGUCAGGGUUCGGACAAUGAUGCUGAGUGAGUGUGACACGGCCUCUCCGUGGCAACCAGAGAGCCUGCACACAAAUACACAGGCCCUCUCUCCAUCCACACAGCCCAGACACUAGUGAGGUCACCACCAGGGGUCAAGACCCUGAUACUGUGGCUGUCACUCGCACAGAGGGGGUUCAGCGUACGCACACAUACACUCAUGUGAACACGCACGCUCUCACAGACACACUCACGCGAACUCUUCUCGAGGAAAAACAUUUCUCUUUCUUGGCAGUGUGAAUCUUUUUAUAUACAGUUGAAGUCGGAAGUUUACAUACACUUAGGUUGGAGUCAUUAAAACUCGUUUUUUCAACCACUGCACACAUUUCUUUUUAACAAACUAUAGAUUUGGCAAGUCGGUUAAGACAUCUACUUUGUGCAUGACACAAGUCAUUUUUCCAACCAUUGUUUACAACAGAUUAUUUCACUUAUAAUUCACUGUAUCACAAUUCCAGUGGGUCAGAAGUUUACAUACAUUAAGUUGACUGUGCCUUUAAACAGCUUGGAAAAUUCCAGAAAAUGAUGUCAUGGCUUUAGAAGCUUCUGAUAGGCUAAUUGACAUAAUUUGAGUCAAUUGGAGGUGUACCUGUGGAUGUAUUUCAACUCAGUGCCUCUUUGCUUGACAUCAUGGGAAAAUCAAAAGAAAUCAGCCUCCACAAGUCUGGUUCAUCCUUGGGAGCAAUUUCCAAACGCCUGAAGGUACGACGUUCAUCUGUACAAACAAUAGUACGCAAGUAUAAACACCAUGGGACCACGCAGCAGUCAUACCGCUCAGGAAGGAGACGCGUUCUGUCUCCUAGAGAUGAACAUACUUUGGUGCGAAAAGUGCAAAUCAGUCCCAGAACAACAGCAAAGGACCUUGUGAAGAUGCUAGAGGAAACAGGUACAAAAGUAUCUAUAUCCACAGUAAAACGAGUCCUCUAUCGACAUAACCUGAAAGGCCGCUCAGCAAGGAAGAAGCCACUGCUCCAAAACCGCCAUAAAAAAGCCAGACUACGGUUUGCAACUGCACAUGGGGACAAAGAUUGUACUUUUUGGAGAAAUGUCCUCUGGUCUGAUUAAACAAAAAUAGAACUGUUUGGCCAUAAUGACCAUCGUUAUGUUUGGAGGAAAAAGGGGGAGCUUGCAAGCCGAAGAACACCAUCCCAACCUUGAGGCACAGGGGGUGGCAGCAUCAUGCUGUGGGGGUGCUUUGCUGCUGGAGGGACUGGUGCACUUCACAAAAUAGAUGGCAUCAUGAGGAAGGACAAUUAUGUGGAUAUAUUGAAGCAACAUCUCAAGACAUCAGUCAGGAAGUUAAAGCUUGGUCGCAAAUGGGUCUUCCAAAUAGACAAUGACCCCAUGCAUACUUCCAAAGUUGUGGCAAAAUGGCUUAAGGACAACAAAGUCAAGGUAUUGGAGUGGCCAUCACAAAGCCCUGACCUCAAUCCUAUAGAAAAUGUGUGGCCAGAACUGAAAAGGCGUGUGCGAGCAAGGAGGCCUACAAACCUGACUCAGUUACACCAGCUCUGUCAGGAGGAAUGGGCCAAAAUUCACCCAACUUAUUGUGGGAAGCUUGUCCCAAGUUAAACAAUUUAAAGGCAACGCUACCAAAUACUAAUUGAGUGUAUGUAAACUUCUGACCUACUGGGAAUGUGAUGAAAGAAAUAAAAGCUGAAAUAAAUAAUUCUCUCUACUAUUAUUCUGAUAUUUCACAUUCUUAAAAUAAAGUGGUGAUCCUAACUGACCUAAGACAGGGAAGUUUUACUAGGAUUAAAUGUCAGGAAUUGUGAAAAACUGAGUUUAAAUGUAUUUGGCUAAGGUGUAUGUAAACUUCUGACUUCAACUGUGUAUAUAUAUGUAUUUAUAAAGUAGGCUACUGUGUGUGUGUGUGUGUGUGUGUGUGCGGAGGUGCAUGCACAUGUCCUAGUACUACAGCUUUUCUGUAAAGGGUUUUGCCAUUCAAAAGUUGGGAUUGCUGCGGGACACUUUCUUUGAAAUGUUUAAUCAGGGUCAAGGAACAGUAGUGAAUACAAAUUCAUACAAUUGUGUGUUGGUUGUGUACUCGUUUGAGCGCGUGUGUGUGUACGCACAUUCUUGAACAGCUCUCAUGAUUGGUCUCCUAGUAUAUUUCUGUCGAUUGUAAUGCUGAAAGUAGUGGGAGUGAUGGCAACAGGGCCAGGAAGUCGGCUUUGCUCCUUCCUUUGUAGAGAAACAGAAAAUACUCCCACGUAGUUCCUUUGUUUAGCAUGUGUGCUUUGCAUAAUGCUCCACUUGUUUGAGGAGCUGUGUUGUGAUUCCAUCAGCACCUGUUGUCCGAGGGUGUUAAAAGCAGGUGCUGCACCGAGGCCUAAUUUACACUGGGGCGGCAAGGCUUCAUUUUAAUGGAAGUUGUGUGUGUGUGUGUGUGUCACAGGAGGUUGGGGGCACCUUAAUUGGGGAGGAAGGGCUCAUGGUAAUGGCUGGAGCGGAAUAAGUGGAAUGGUAUCAAAUACAUCAAACACAUGGUUUCCAUGUGUAGGCUAUAUAUAUUUUCUGGAAGCUAAAAUGUAUUGUUGAUUGAAUAGAUAUGGUGUGAACCUAGCCUGUGUUUUCUGCAAAGGCCUGAACUUCAGGUGUGAUUGGGCUCAUAUCGUAAAAAAAAAUAUCAUCCCGCUUCUCUCCAUGGCUGUUUCAAUUAAGCUCUGUAAAUGUGUUACAGUCCAUAUGGGCUCUGCACUGUAGGUGUUGGAAUCUGGGAUGGCUCACCUGUUCUCUCUGUGAGAGUGCAAAAGCUUAACUCAUAGGCUUGUCAGGGAAGUCUGGACUACAGGGCAUGUAGAGGUGUGUGAGUCAACUUGACCAAAAUGGAAGCUGCAGAGAAUCUUUCACUCUCACACCCCUCUCACUGCAUGUAAGCAUAGAAUUGAGGCAUUCUCCAGAGUUGUUUUAGAAUAAUUGCACUGAAAAACAAUCAUUAAAAAUAAUUAGGAAUUCUUUAAACUCGAUACAGACCAGCCUUCUCUGUAAGGCAGCAAACCUCCAUUGCUUAAGAUUUUUUCUCUCUAUGGGUGACAUUACACCUUCCUCUUUCCUCCUCCCUUCAUGGGGUGGUUCUAAUCCUCCCCUCAGUGACACAGAGAGAGGCUGGCCGCCACAGUAGCCAAACAGCAGUAGUGUCUGUAUGGCCCAGAAGCCAUAGAAACUGGAGCGCUUGUGUUGUCUAUUAUUUGCCUGGCUCGGCUCGACUCGGGGCUUCUGAAAUGGAGGCCUGAUAGCCCCAAAGUGUCUGUGAUGUAAAUCUCUUUCAAUAUCUCACUCACUCACUCACUCACUCACUCACUCACUCACACACACACACACACACACACACACACACACACACACACACACACACACACACACACACACACACACACACACACACACACACACACACACAGUUUCUCUCUCACAGCUUCUCUCUCUAUUAUGCUCAAACAGUCCUUCUCUCUCGCCCUCCCUCUCUCUCUCCAUUCCUCACCCUCUCUCUUCUCUCUCUCUCUCAAUGCAGACUCAGUGGAUGGGCAUUUUAAACUGUCUCUCAAUGGAGACAAAAUAACUAAUUUAAAUGACCUCUAAAGCCUUUCAGCACAGGGAGAAUUGACAGCACAGCUCAGGAGUGAAGGCCGUUUGGGGCAGCCAGUGCAUUUCGCUCAAUGGCUACCUUGUCAGCUGUGUUUGGCAGCUGUCAUCUCCCCAAUCUUUUUUUGUAUCCCUCCAUUCAAGAUUUUUAGAUUAGAUAUGGGGACUGUGGGGAAGAAACAUGUUGAUUUGUGUCUUGUAUUCAUUUUAACGAGUCGUGUACCACAACCAACCACAACCAACCCCCCCUCCCUUCUUCUCUCACUCUCUCUCCUCCCUCUCUCCUCUCUCUCUCCAGUCUUUUGAGCUCAGGGCUGUGAAUGAGUCCCCAGAGUCUCUCCAUGUUUCCCAGUAGUUCUACUGGGUUCAUUAAUCUUUCAUUGGGACCAUGGCGGUGUGGAAUGCCACCCCACUCCCUCCCUCCCUCCCUUUCUUCCUCCCUCCCCUUGCGCUACCCCUCCCCUCCCCUUCUCCUCUCCUCUCCUCUACUCUCUACCCCUCUCACAGCUCCACUGGAGGGGGGUGGGGGGGCUGGAAGGGUACUUUACCCACUCCAGCCUGGUACAGUUCAGUCCAGACCAAUCUGGUAGUCAGUUACACAGAAAUGUAUCUCAUACAUUGGUCACAGUAGGUUCAGCCUAUGGAGAUGAUGGAUUUUCAGCAUUAAGUGCUGCUUACAUGUGUCUUGCCUAGGGCCCUCAGCUUUGCAUUUGUAUAGUUAAAUGAGCAUAGAGUCCAUGCAUUAUCCCUCCCUCCCUCUUACCACUUUAAUGCCUUUAAAAGUCUAUUGGAAAAUUGCCACCGCCAGGUUUUGGGUUGGUGCCUCGCCAUGGUUAGGGCUGCUAAUGAGUGUGUUUGGACUGUAAGAGUACAAAUUGAACAUUACCCACACCCCCAUUGCCCCUACUCCUUCCCUCUCUACACAGACACACACACACACACACACACACACACACACACACCAGCUAGCUCACUCUCCUUUUCCCCAGCACACAUCAGCCAUGUUACCACAAGCCUGAUUAGUGAUGCCUCUUUGACUGCCGAGGGACAGAAUAUGAGUUGAAGAGCAAGACCAGCUCACCGCCAGUGGUUUAAACCAGAACACUAAUCUGGUUACUGUGUGCGUGCGUGUGUGUGUGUGUGAGUGCGUGCGCGCGUGCCUGGAGAAGUGGGCUGAGCUCUGGUUAACAUGAGGCCCAUGACGGAGCACCCCUCAGCUUAACAGUAAUCUUUGGGUAAUUGAAAAAGGGGCCUGCGCCACUUAGGAGCACAAAGAGCAGAUUACAUAGCUAAAAUUAAUUUGGCAAAAAUGUAGAAAUGGAUUUUCUCCCCUCUUUUAUUACAAUGCCCCGCUAUCCUCUUUACCUCCCCUCCUCCUCUACCCCCUCCUAAAACAGACCCUGGGGGGACAGAGAGGGGAGGGGUAGGGAGGUAUAUAGCAGAGGGAGGAGAGGGAAUCAGUAGGGUAAAGCACUAAGUGAGGGGUUGGAUGGUAGAGGAUUGCUGACUGUUGUUAUAAUGGGUGUGGAUUUUACACAUUUGGUGGUUUGCACAUGAUCGAUCUACCCCCCAGUAAGAGGCCCCCUUGUCAUGCAGCCCCAGUCCAAAACUAAAAUGACAGCCGUGCGUCUGAGAUAGUAUUACUGAGUCGCAGAGUGUCGCCGCAGAAGUGUUCUUAAUUACCAAGCACACUAUUUUCACUCUGCUCUGGCGGUUUGGGGCUCCGAGGGGGUCGAUCAUUUGAUAGCUCUCGUUUUUCAAGAGCUUUCUGAGCGAUGUUGUAACUCUACUGCCGGCGCCUGCAAUCUCUAGCCCUAACUCUUCUUUUGUUUUAUUUUCUACCCCUCUCUCCUCCUCCUCUCUCUCCCUCUCUUUAUAGUCUAAUAAGGUCCCAGUGGUACAGCACCCUCACCACGUGCACCCGCUCACGCCUCUGAUCACCUACAGCAAUGAGCACUUCACACCGGGCAACCCCCCUCCGCACCUACAGGGAGACGUGGACCCCAAAACAGGUAAGACAGAGAACAUACACACUACACUACGCUACACUGUUGCCCCGUUGGGAAACAUGGUUGGGAAAUGGUUAACACUCCAGCCACUGUUCCAAAGAAACACAGUCCUCAAAUCCAAAUAGUGAUAGUCCAGCGACUAACAUACAACAGAACACAGAAUAAUUCUUAUUGUUGUCGACAUACAAAGGCUACCACUGCUGCCUAUGCAACCACACACACACACACACACACACACACACUCUCUCUCUCUCUCUCUCUCUCUCUCUCUCUCUCUCUCUCUCACACACACACACACACACACACACACACACACACACACACACACACUCUCUCUCUCUCUCUCUCUCUCACACACACACACACACACACACACACACACACACACACACUCUCUCUCUCUCACACACACACACACACACAUCUGCCUGAUCAAAUAUAGUUUUAUUUAAGGAAGAUAUAGCCCUUACAAAGCACAACAUUGCAGGGCCUGCUUUCUCUGACCAGGUGUGAGGUAUUUUAGGGCAGACAACAGUCACAGCUACUCAGACAGAAAGCUUCUCUCUCCUUAUGGGCUCCCGAGUGGCGCUGCGGUCUAAGGCACUGCAUCUCAGCGCUUGAGGCGUCACUACAGACCCCCUGGUUCGAAUCCAGGCUGUAUCACAACCGGCCGUGAUUGGGAGUCCCAUAGGGCAGCGCACAAUUGGCCCAGCGUCGUCCGGGUUUUGCCGGUGUAGGCCGUCAUUGUAAAUAAGAAUUUGUUCUUAACUGACUUGCCUAGUUAAAUAAAGGUAAAAAAAAAAAUGGUAUGGCUGUGCUAUUGUGUCUUGCAGAAGUAAUCCUGUUGAUUUUGCUCUGGCAGGGAAGGGAGGGUCACUAUUUCAUCUCUCCUCUGACAAUACAGGAGGAGGUGUGUGUGACACACACACACACACACACACACACACACACACACACACACCACACACCACACACCACACACCACACACACACACACACCACAGCAUGCGACCCAUCCAUCUGACUGAAUUUAAAUGUAGCAUUCCUUCAUUUUAAAUGUCCACCUGCAAUAAACAUUUUGACCUAGUAGGUCAACUCACUUUCAAUAUGUGUACAUAAUAUUGAGUUAAUAUUGAAUAGCUUUGAAGGGUCUCUGGUUGUUUUGUUGGGGUUUUGUACUCACAAAGGGGUGAUAACGACCCAGCUGCUGUUUAAUGUGCCAGUUAAUGGUGCUGCUUAAUUGAGUGUAGUGUUUAAUUAAUUAACAAGCUAUAUUAAGACUUCAGCACUGGAUGGCAAUGCAGAGCAACGUUAGAAACUCUUUCCUCUGAAGAGUGUGUCAGUCAGUGCCAUUAUGUCUAUAGAACUAGGGCUUACAACAUUUUUGAAACCCUCCUCAGCUACAAAUGUGUAAUUAAUGAUCCCUAAAAAAUUUCUCAAUUAGUUCGGCAUCAGUUUUGAGAGACAAACCCCAGUGUGGGUGUGUCUGCUUCUUGGAUGCACAAAAUGUUCCUUAGACACCUGUCACUGAACAAUGUCUAUGGAAACCUUCCCAUGCGGCUGAUUUUCACAUACCUGGCUCGGCCUUGUGGCUUUGGGUGUAACACACACCAGCAACACACCGGCUGUGGACAGAUUCAUGGGGCCAGGGUUAGUUCUGCAGUCCUCUUCAUCUGGGUCCACUGUGGCCAUAUCGGCACCAGCCAGAACAAAAACUGCUCCACAGCUGCACCGAUAUGCAGGCCAGGCAGGACCACUGUGAAAGAAUGCACCAGAGCAAAUAAAAGUCCCUCCGCUGCGCUGUUAGCCAGUGGAACUCAAACACUUCCUUGUCACGUUUUAACGCUCAACACUAGAAAAAUGGAAAAGCCAUCAUUUCUUUGCUUUCACCAUUUCUCUUUUUUUUUUUAUGACAGACCUUUGGAGGGUUAAUGUUUUGGGUGGCUGGUCUGCAUGUUUUAUUUGCCUGUCAGCUGCCACAGUAAGUGAUUGCGACAUUGGCAAAUGUGUGAUUGUUUUGCAGUGCCCUCUGUAGGACAUCUCUGUCGCUGUGCAUCAGAUGGGAAAACUACAUAAUUUCUGUCUCUUUGUUAAAAACAUUAGGAUGAAUAGUGGAACAUGAAACCAAUUCUGGUAAAAAAUAAUCUGGAAACCAAGGGCCCCUAUUUAUAAGAGCUACUUUACAAUGUCAUAAGCAUGUCAUAAUAGAUGUUAUAGAAAGUUAUAAAUCAAAUCAAAUGUUAUUGGUCACAUACACAUAUUUAGCAGAUGUUAUUGCGGGUGUAGCGAAAUGCUUGUAAGAGCCUAUGUCAGUUGAAGACAGCUAGGCUAAUACAACACUGUCAUGUCACCCAGUAUAUUGGGUAAGCCGACUAGCUAUGAAACAAGCUGGUCAUUAAUAACUUGCAGUGACUGUUUAUAACAUCACUUCAUUCAUGCUUAUGACAGUAAGAUAACUUGGGUUUAUAUGAAGUCAAACCCUGUUUAUCCCCCCCCCCCCUCUCUCUUUCUCUCUGUCUCUCAACACGUUAUGACACCUUACCGCCAGACUCAAACAGCUUUGAUCAGGACGUGUGAUUUAGCACUGUGUACAUGUGAGCGCAUCCGCUCUUCCUCCUCCUCCUCUCUACCCUCCCAGCUUCCUGUGAUGUCGACUCUGUUCAUUAUGAAACUCACAAAGGAUGAGUUUAACCCUGACUGAUAUUUCGGUGUCCAUCCCUCUCUUCCUCUUUAUUUGUCCCUCUACCCUUUCUAUCUUUCUCUCCAGGAAUUCCAAGGCCUCCACAACACCCAGACAUAUCUCCCUAUUACCCUCUCUCGCCUGGCUCUGUAGGCCAGCUCCCCCAUCCGCUAGGAUGGUUAGUACCACAGUAAGCAACAUUUUAUGACCUUCUUUCUCCACUGUCAUCAAGCAUGUUUUAUUGCUCCAAGCAUGUGCUGGUUACAAUGUUUAUAACUAUGUCUAGAUGUAGAUCUAUUUAGUGGUUUGGAGCAUUAAGUUCUGUAUAUAAAAUCAGCAUCCCUAAUGUAGAUUAUAUAAUGUCAAAUAGUUCUCCAUCAGAGGCAAUGUCUUCUGGUUUUGUUGUGGGAGGAGAACUUGAUUUCUGUAUUUUCCUGUCUGGUAACAUCAUAAGCAGAGCACAGGGAAAGCUCUAUAUCCACUUAUCUCAAACUGGGCCCUCUCAGUUUGGAUCAAGCACUGAUUUGACUCCUGGCUGACCACAGUGCAGAGAGGAGGGCUAAGUCCCCCUCUCCACUGGAGUCUCCAGUUUAUACAUUCAGGCAAUGGACUGACUCCUGGGCCACAGAAGCACACUGCGGUUUCCUAACCCCCCCCCCCAACACCAACUUGCUUCUUUGUGGCGAAUGCUAUUUUGCAUUUCUCUGUAUUGUCCAAUUAGAUUAAUGAACCGUGAUUGCCCGUAUUUUACCCACAAUUCCACAUGGGGGCUCUCCCCUGGUAACUCUUGUCAACACUUGUUAAUAUGACAACAGGCUACAAAUUAAGCUCUGUUAAUUUAAUGUUUUCUCACCGCGAUCUAAAUACCGGAAAAGGCCCCGAGCGCAGCCACGGCACCCUUUGAUUUGCUGCACUUUAUUUUGGUAUAAAUUUACAUUCAUUAUUGUUUGUCUUUGGAUGUGUAGACCUCAAUUAGCGUGAUGGCUCCAUUAAAGAGUCCCGCGCUUCGUCUUUAAUUAUCACAACAAAACACCUAGUUCCAGCUCGGGGAGGAAGUGGCUCCCUCUCCGUCGACACCGAGCGAAGGGUUAUGAAAUUUAAUUAGCCAUUCCUAACAGAUUUGUGGCAUUCAAAUUGUUCGGAGUUUGCCUCUCCUUUGAUCCGCACUCUGCAAUCCCCUAGAUUUUAGUCCUGAUCAAAUGAGAAUAAAGAGACCUGCGAUCGGGGAGAGAGGGAGAGGGCUUUACCUCCUCUCCUUCCAUCAACCCUGUUUCUUUACCUCCCUCUCUUCUCUUUGUUCCUUUUCCUUCUCCUAGGCAAGGUCAACCUGUUUACCCAAUCACGACGGGGGGUUUUAGACAUCCCUACCCGACUGCACUCACUGUCAACGCAUCCAUGCAAAGGUGAGUUGAGCCUUGGGAGAUAAACACACACACACACCCAGACACAGGAGGAGGCCACGACGUGGGUGCAUACCCAGGCGUCACACACAGUACUGUGUAAACUUCUCCCUUAAGGAGAGUGCACACACUCGUCUCUGUGCUCAAAAGGCCGAUCCUCCAGUGUCCCCCACUAUGUGUUGAAAAUUAAUUAUAUUUAUCACUAUCUAAUGAGAACCCUGAAGAACAUUUACCCUAGCUGCAUGUCAGCCUCGUCUGUAAUGGACGGGGCAUGUCCUAGUUUUUAGCAACCAGACACAUUGAUAAAUAAACAUGUAGACACUUAAAAGGAGAGGAUGAUGUAGACUGGGGCUUGACACUUGGCUAAUGCUUUGUUGGGCCCAUUAGAGUCCAGCUCAAGAGGAGAGCUAAGGACACAAGUGGACCCGGAGGGGCAUAUAUGUUUGUUGUUGUUGUGUUAUGUGUUUUUAACUGGGCAUGGCUUCCCCGGGGGCUGUGCUAUAAUACUCUGUAUUGUGUGGGAAGUGGGAAGAGUUAACUGUGGAUGACAAGUACCCCAUGAUUUGUAGGUUCGGAGUCUUUUCGAAAAACGACAACAACAACAAAAAGAAACAAUUCCAUAUGGCCGCCCCUCCCUUUUCCCCUGUCCGCCUCCCCGAGCCUAGAGCAGUAUUCACAGGCGUUUCAGUGCAGGCAGCUGGAGAGUUUGGAACGGGGAUGGUUUAUAGAUUGGAGGGGAGGGGGUGAGAGGCAGAGGCCUAGGGAGCCUGGGGAACAGGCCAAGCUUCAGUUUAAUUACAUGCUGAUUGGAAAAGCAGCUCUUGAGAGUAGACUGUUCAGACCUCUGUGACGUUGAUGGAUAAGUGUGAGCGAAGGAGGAAAGGAGAGAGAAUGCAAAGGUAGGGAAGAAGAGAGAGGGAGCCCUCGAAUGGGGUAUGGAAAGAUUCAUGUUGUGAAAUAGUACCUCACACCCUUAGCACUUUGGCAUUGAACACGUGUGCACUCGGGUUCCUUAUUCCACCCCCCCCCCCCCCCCCCCCCCCCUCUCUCACACAUACACGCACACUCUGACAUGGCCUCUUGAACACUCCUUUUAAUUACAAGCAGAAAAGCACAUUCACUUCACACUUUCUGUUAAAAAGAGAGGCUAUGUGAGCCAUCAGCUCUUUGUUUGUCCUUUUUUCUUGGUUAGCCUUACAUUCACAUGUAUUCUUAAUUAAUACACAUUACCUACAUACUUAGGUUGAUAGUUUCUAUCAUUGUUGGCCACACCUUGAUCCAGACUCCCUCCUGGCUUUAGGAACAGACCCAACCACCUUCACAGUUCACUGUGGCACAGCCUUGUUUUCCAUAUGUGGGUGUCAUCUGUAUAACAGGGUUAAGAUGGUGCUCAUUUCUCAUCUCUAUCCCUAUUGGGUCCCUCUUCCACUCCUAGUGACCCCCGUAAAGCAGACCUUGCCCCCCCCCUCUCCCCAUCCUAGCCCAGCCCUGGUUGCCCUGCUCUCGGGUACAGCUGGUAGAGCGCAGGCAGCCAGACUAACCAGGACCUGGCAGCAUCUAGUGGACCUGUGUUUUAAGUGACAGCUAAUUCACCCCUAAUGACGGCCUCUACAUUGUGAUCAUCUUAUUUCCAGCAAGGCUAAUUGAAUCUGCUGGAUGGGGGCUAGGGGGAUUGGCUGGGCUGUGGGGCUGGGGAGAGCUAAUGCGUUCUGAUGAGCCCUAAUUGAAUUAGCAUAGCUGUUUAGGUGGAGGUCUCCAUCUCUCUGGAGAAAGGGGCUUUAGCAUGUCCUUGUUAAAACUGCCACUGGAGAUUUGACCCCAAAAAAAGAUGUCCGAUUGGGUUGUCGACGGCGUAGAGAAAUGGCACAGGGUGGAAAGGUUUGGAUAAUCGUGUAUAUGACAGGGUUUCGGAAGCAAAAAAUGAAAACAAAUUUUGAGAAUUGUCUCUUGGCUUUAAAAGGGCUUUUCUUUCUUAAAUAUGCCACAAGACAUCCAGUAGUUAUAAAGUCCAGUCCAUGUCUAAUAACUACAUUGAGAUGUCCUGAUCCUGUAUUUCACUGGCUAGACAGAUCUUAACAAGAGAUCUAGUGCUUCAGUACUAGCCCCUAGUGCCACAUACCGGCCCAAUUAGGAUGCAGAGAGCAAGUCUGGCUCUCAUACCUUGCACCCACUCAAUGAGCACCUUAUACCUAGGUCCUGUUAAAAAAUACAUUCUCUGGAAGGGAAAAAAGGCAGGCGAGAGAGAAAAGAGUCAGUCGACGGAGCAAAUGAGAGACAUUAUUUUGAUAAUGGGGUUGGAACUGUACAGGUCCAUUAUCUCUGGCGGGCCUGUGUGUGACAGGUGGGAAGAAGUGUAAACCCCUCGCCCCCUGCCUAACCCCUGCGCUUUGAUAUGUUCCCCCCUCAUCCCGCUCUCUCCCAUCCUCCCUCGCUACCCCUCUCUUUUUCCUGCGGAAGGGAAAGUACGCUGGCCGAGUCAAUAUACUGUACAUUAACCAGGCAUAGGGGUACUUCCUCACAUUGGCAAUUAAAUGGCACUGGCUGACACUGGGCCUGCAUUGCAGCCAAUGACCCACCCCCAUCCUUGCCUUUCAGAUUGAGACGUAGGAGCCUGGGGGUUGUUCUGUUCUGUGCUGAUGAGGCAAGAUGAUGAUGCCCCGCACAUCAAAGGGAUGGCCAUCAUGUUUAAACCAUAACCUGGGCCGCGCGGUGGCAGCUGGGGGGAGGAAGGGGAGGGAAGGCGAGGGAGGGGGAGUGUGGAGGUGGUGAGGGGACAGGGAGCAGGAGGAGGAGGAGUGUAGAGAAGGAAGAAGAGAACAAAAUGGGAUGCUGGAACAGAGGAAACUUAACAAGAGCACCGAGAGAGAGAGGGAAGGAAGGAAAGAGGGAGAGGAAGAGGAAGAGACAGAGUAGAGGAAGUGUGGCGGCCUAAUGAUGGGUGAUCUGCAGCCACUGCCGCGGUCCCCUCAGCAGAUGACAUGGCGCAAACACAAACAUGUCAAUGAUGAAGGGAAGAGAGAAAAGCAGUGGAGGAGAGCGAGGGAGGAGGGAGAGAACCCACACACUCCCCAGAGAUCGCCUGCAACAAAAACGAGUUGUUCCUGGCGACUUUAUGCUCAUCAUUAUAUUCUGGCUCCGAGCCAUGCAGCCAGACAUAGCCAGAUAAUGAGCUGUUUAAAAAAAGAAGGAAUGAUUCCUCCUUUUUUCCCCUCCUUCAUCCUCCCCUCUUUUUCUAUGAUUUGUGAACGGUCAUGCAUAGCUGAGAUAUAUAUAUACUGUACACACACAGACACACUCAUACAAAUAAUCUUACACACACAUUUAUUCUCUCUCUCUCACACACACACACACACAUUGCUCUGUGAAGUGAAUCCAUAGAUGCGGGUUAUUGCCCUCAAUCAGUGUAGCUGUGGGAGAUGAUGAAAUGAUUCUACCAGUGUAAUGAAGAUGUUGAGGGGGAGAUAAAGGAUGAUAACACCAUGAAUAAUCUGAUCUAGCAUGAGGCUAGAUAGAAUAGGCCUAGGCCUAACACAGUGAUGCACAGAAAAAGGUGCCUUGCCAAUGGUUAAAGCUACUGUGAAAUAAAGAUGUUUUAACAUUACCUCAGUAUUGACAUCAGCUAACACAACGGAUUGGCACGAGACUCCAUAGACCUGUAGUUGGUCACAUUGUAAAGGGGGCAAGACAUCCUGGGACCUGUAUUUGUCAUCCACAGUCCAGAGAGAGGGGUGGCAGCAAUAAACACUGAAUUGGAGCCAAGUCACUAUUUUGUCUCCGUUAUAGAAGCAAGUGAGGACUUUUUAGAACUCAUUACAAGGACACAUGUAGCUGAAGUGUCUGUAUGGACCAUUUUGGCUUCUCAAAGAAUAACCUUCAGUGCAAUGGGAGCCCUGUCUUUCCAUUUAACUCUCUUCCCACUCAAACACAAAACGGCUCUCUUUUUUUAAAUGAAUAUACUAUAUGAAAUAUGACUCAUUAUGAUGUGUUUACUGUGUAACUGUUUCUAUGUGAUUGUGAGAUCUAAAUUCUGUGAUACUUAUGGGCCGAAUCCUUUCUUGAUAUACGUGUGCGAAACUCAAGCUUUUGUGUAAGUCAUGCAUUGGAUGUCAAUGAGAGAUUUGCGUGGAAAUCUGACUUUCAUGCUCGGACCUCAAGGUAGGAUUCGGCCCUAUAUAUGCACGUCUGUAUGAAUGUCGAUUGAGCAUAUUCUGUCUAUGUGUCCAUCUUCCAUUUCACACGUGUCCACUCUGACGAUUUACACAGUUUUCUGUCCUCCAGGUUCCCUCACCACAUGGUCCCGCCUCACCACAGUUUGCACCAGACCGGCAUCCCCCACCCCGCCAUCGUCACGCCCAACGUCAAGCAGGAGUCCUCCCACAGCGACAUAGGCCUCAACAGCUCGUGAGUACACACACCUGCACACACACACACCUGGUUGUUUUCACCAUUGUAAACGAAACAGCAGUAUAGUCAAAAUUGGCACUGGUAUUGUUGUUCUAAAUUCUACCAUUACAAUAAGCUGUUUAAUACCAAUUCUGGGUAUUUGCCAACCAUACAGUACUAUACUGUACACACUCCACAGGAAACACCAGGACUCCAAAAAGGAAGAGGAGAAGAAGAAGCAGCCCCACAUCAAGAAGCCGCUGAACGCAUUCAUGCUCUACAUGAAGGAGAUGAGGGCCAAGGUCGUGGCCGAGUGCACGUUGAAAGAGAGCGCCGCCAUCAACCAGAUCCUGGGACGAAGGGUGAGAGAGAGACAGCACUGCUGUAGACACAGAGGCUCACUCGCUAUACAGCUACAGCUACAGCUUGGUAACUCCCUGUACAAGGGACUAUGAAUGGGGAAGGUAUCCAUCACACAGAUAUCCACCGCACACACACAAUGUGUGGUUUAGUUGACUAUAGGCCUGCUACUGGGUCUGGGAGACAAAGGCAACCUGUCUUAUUUUGUCUCUACCUCUCACUGCUCUUGGCUGAAGACGGUCAUAUUUACUGUUGACAACUAUAUAUAUUAUAGUCUUCUCGCCUUGCACUCAUCUCUUUGUAUUAUGUCCUGUCCCCCUCUCAUCCCCUCCCUCUCUCUUUUUCUGUGUGUCUGUCUGUAGUGGCACGCCCUAACACGAGAGGAGCAGGCGAAAUACUACGAGCUGGCCAGGAAAGAGCGACAGCUUCACAUGCAGCUCUACCCCGGCUGGUCAGCACGAGAUAACUAUGUAAGUUUUUAAGUUUUCAACACGUACAUCCUGUACUUCUCCCCUCACAAGGACAUGUGCCUGGGAUGAGUGCUCAUACUGUUCUGUCUGAGCUGAGAGCUCACCUCACUAGCCAAUGCCUGCUGACUGUUGCCCUAAACACCUUAGUCGAUGGAAUCUCCUAUAUACUUAAAAGCCCUGAAAUGCUGAUGCUGCAGGAAGUUUCUCUCCCAGCGUUGGUGUGUGUCCAGCAGUGCAGGGCUCAUCAUACACCCCUGCAAGGGUCAGGUUGACCAGUGAAACUCUGACCCCUCUCAGCCUACCCAAAGCAUUGUGCACAAAUCUGACUCCCUCACUAGAAACCAACAAAGCCUCUACAUAAAAUACAACAAAAGAAAAGAGAAAAAAAAAAAGUACAAAAAGGGAGAAGGGAAAAUUCUGUUAUGGCCUGCAGUGGCAGUUAAAACCGGCGGGCAGAGAAAGAGAGAAUGAAUGAAUAAAUAAACAGAGAGAUGGGCCCCGUUUCUAUUUCAUGUCUCGGGUCUUCUGCAAUAUAAUAACUAAGGUUCCUGUCUAUUUCUCUUCUUUUGGCGGGUAACCAACAGGGCAAGAAGAAGAAGAGAAAAAGGGAUAAGCAGCCAGGAGAGGGCAAUGGUAAGUGAGCAGCAAUUAUCUCCUAUUAGAGGAGCCCCAUCAUGUGUCAGGACUGUGUGACAUCUCACAAGAUAAAAGUCUAGCCUGUUUUUUUCCUCUACUGCUUUUUUUCUUUUUGUGUUGUUGUGCCUGGCUCGUUUUUUUUUUGGUAGACUUGCUUGUUCGCUCCCUCCUUCCAUUCCCCAUCCCCUCCCCUAGCCUUCCCCAGCUAAUAACGUUGAAUAUGCAUGACACCCCCCUCCCCAGCCUCACCCCUCCCCCCUCUCCUCCCUCCCUCCCCACCAACAUCUCCCCUCUCCACUUUGCCCCCCAGCAUUUAUGAUACUGUGAUAUGUGUUUUGAGAAUGUGAAAUUUAAGCGUUGUGAGAGCCAUUAACUUUGCCAGUGUUGUGUGUGUCUGUGUGUUAUAAUGCCUGUGCCCUCUGGAUAGACUGUGUGUGUGUGUGUGUGUGUGUGUGUGUGUGUGUGUGUGUGUGUGUCUGUAACUUGGGCUGCCCCUGCUUGUCUGCAUGCAUGCUUUUAAUCGCACACAAACAAACAAAAUCACCCACAUCUUAAAAUUAAGGAGGUUUGCUAAUUCUAUUAUUUAUUCAUUUUAUAUUCUUAUUCUUCAUAUUCUUCUGAUAAUCCAUAUUGUGAGUUGAGAAGGAGAAAUGCGGCAUAUUAAACUGUAUUUUACGCUCGUUUACGUCACGGAUCCCCUCUUGAAGGCCUCUCUAUCUGUUCUUUUUUUCAGAACACAGAGAAUAUUUUCCAAACCCUUGCCUUUCACUCCCUCCGAUUACAGGUGCUAAUGUCAUUUUGAGUCUUAAAUUACUAACUUGUUUUUUUUUUCUCGUUUUGGUUUAUCAUGUAUUUAUUGAUCUAUGUAUAUUAUAUUUCAAAUUAAUUUUACUAAGCUAAAUGCAAUCUUUUUAAGGAUGUUAUGUGCUUUGUUUGCUGCUUUCUUUCUUAAAAAUGUGCUUAUGUUUAUUUAUUUUACCAUUUUAUUUGUUAUACUAGCAAAAGUAUGUUUUAUUUGAUGUACUUACACAUUUAUUUAAUGAUGCUUCUAUGUUAAAGUCAUUCAUUCUAGAACAAUCUUCCCCAUUUGGCCAAAUCAAUAUGUAGUAUAUAUUUCUAGCGGUGACUGUUAAAGUUAGAGAAUCUUAAUGUUGAGUUAUGACCCAGAGAUUUGAUGUCAGUCAGGGUAAACCUCCUUAAUCUAUUUGCUUCAGUAGCUGCGUGUGUUCCUUUCCCUGGGCCAGCAUGAGUUGGGCCUAUUCCCCUUCUAUGCUGUCUAAGGCCUGGAUUCAAACCACUCACCAUAGGAUUCCUAUUUUGACCCAAGUGUAAUUUUGCUCUACAUUUGAUUAUUAAGCCAUUAUGGCUGCGUUUACACAGGUGGCCCAAUUCUGAUAAUCUUUCCACUAAUUGGUCUUUUGACCACAUCAGAUCUUUUCACAUCAGAUCUUUUUCAGAGCUGAUCUGAUUGGUCAAAUGACCAAUUGGGCUGUCUGUGUAGAGCCUAUGGUAGAGUUCUCGAAGAUGACACAACAAAUUGGAAAGGAAAGCUUUGUGUCAGGUGAUUGAAUUCAGGUCCAAGUAGAAGUGCCCUUGCUGCAUUCACUAGGGUUCAACCCUUUAAUGCUUUCCCUGGCUGGGACUAACCCGAACCUUCCCUUAUCUUAACAGUCUGAUACUGCUGCCUCUUCCUACCUACCACCUAUACCCGCUCCUUUUCAAAUAUGCUAUUAAAAAAGAUAACUAUGAAUGGCACUUAGCAGAAAUGUAAUUAAGUCUGCAUUAUUUUCCCCAUCAUAUUCUCCUCAAACAAAUACGUAUUAUAUUUUUAUUAGCUUUAGCUUUUAGCUUUUUUUUCGACUUAAUCCUUGCACAUUUAUGCAUUUGUUUACUUUUUGCUUGUGGUUUGAUUUUACUUAAACUGUGUCUUCUGACAGUCCUUUUCUGUAAAGGCAUACUGCACAAUUACUUGCAUCUUUUUAAUUAGAGGGGGGGGGGGGGGUGAAUAAGCUAAAUAUUCCACGUUUUCGAGCCUCACUGGUUUACGGUUUUUCUCCUUUAUUUCUCUCCUCUUUCUCUUCCCCCCUUUUUGGGUUUUCUUCCUCCUCUCUGCUGGCUUUCCUCCCUGUUGUGGCAUCAGACCUGAGUGCUCCUAAGAAGUGUCGAGCGCGCUUUGGGCUCGAUCAGCAGAAUAACUGGUGUGGCCCGUGCAGGUGUGUAUGCUGUGUGUGGCAUGAACGCCGGGGCCAGGUGACGGCUGUUCUCUGAGCUGGGACUUCCUCCUUCCCUCCCCGACUCCCUCUCUCCUUCCUUCGCCAGGCUUUCGCCAUCUCCCAAUUCUUCCUCCUACCCAGCCCUGCCAGUUUGGCCUGCCUCUAUCCUCUAGUUUUAUUGGUGUUUGGGAACAGGGUUAACAGGGUAUACGUUAAUGUGUGUGCGGGUGUUUGUGUGAAUGGUGUUUGUACAUAAGUCUAGAUUCGAAACAUAUAGAUGUGGGGUUGGGUGGGUCCUAUAGGUGGUAUUCUCUUUAGGAAUUAGCCAUAAUGAGGGGCAGGACUCAUCAGAUGGCAGACUGGGUCUGAGAGGAGUUGGAGACGCGAUGGCCUGGUCUGUGUGGAGGAAGUCCCAGUGUUGACAGCCCAAACCUAAGCCCUGCCUACAUGUGUUGUCUGUCCAAUGACGUGUCCAUUUUCUGUGUUUUUGUAUUGUUUGUGUGUCUACCUCUUUGGCUAACAGAUGCAAAUACCCCAAAGAAGUGUCGUGCCUUGUUCGGGCUUGACCAGCUGAGUUUAUGGUGCAAACCAUGCAGGUAUACCCCUGUAGUAUCUAUGGGAGGACAACCAUAUAGACAACCACUUCCUUCUCUUAUACCUUCUCAAGACAUCCCUCUAAAAUAUAUGUAUUAUGUUUUCUUCAAUGUGUUAAUUGAUGGCCUUCUUUUAUCUGUUCCUUUUCCUGAUUGUGGAAUUUUUUGUAAUAGCUUCUCAUAGCAAGUCAUUUUACUUAUUUUCUUUGAAAACUAGAAGCCCAGUGGCAGAAAAUGGAUUUACUAGCAUUGUUAUUUGUAUACUACCUUGGCAAUAACAUUGUAAAGAUUGUAAACAAUCAAAUUUAGGAGACCUUUGGGUAUUGUUGCUGUAAUGUAAUUUAAAAAAAACACAUUUAUGGUUUAUGAUACUAUUCUUGUUGAAAGGUUGAAAUCCAUUUUCUAUCCAGGCUGUAUGUAAGUGCCUGACAUCCUAACUGUCUAAAGUGUCUGUCUGAAUUGGCCCUCUUGAUAACCUUGUUAUGCUAAGACUUGGCCCUGCUUCUCAGAGGGCACCAGAGUGACUUUCUUCUAUGCCCUCUUCCUCCUCCUCCUCUUCUUCCUCCAAACUCCUCUCUGAUAACCCUUACUUAGUCCCUACAUGUUGUCUUUCUGUUCUGACACAAGCAGUCUUUGAAUUGGGAAUAUUUUCAUGGUAGGUAUUUGUUUCUGCUAAGUAAUAUCCCUCUCUGUGUCUGGCUUGCACUGUGUCCCCACCUCUACCCUGACCAUUGUGACAUGACGUUUGGUACUAUGUAUCACUGGUCAACCCAAGGCAUGCGAUCAAUACAUUUCAUUUUUCUUAUUUUGUUUUCAAUAUUGAUCUGUAGUUAUUACUCCAGAAAGAUUUCUGGGAUUUUGUCAUUGCCUCAAAGAAAACAGCUCAUAAGAUAUUGAGUGAUCUUACCAAGUCACUUUUCCCCUCACAUUUUAUGAGCGGUUAUAAACGUUGAAUUCAUAUGGCAUCCAAUUAAAGUAAUCCACAAAGCCGUUCAAACAGCUGAACUCUCUUAGAAAUGCUCCACACUCAGUUUCAACAGUAACAAGUACUGUUACAGUAGAUUUAAAUUAAGACAUACACAGUUGAUCACAUUGAUAAAGAGAUUCUAUUCUCACAGUAUUUCCUGAUCUAGUCCAUGAACGUUCUGGGUAGAUGAUGAGGGAGGCAGCAGCGGGUUGCCUGAGGACCAGGUUUGGGAAUAGCCAGGGAUAAUUCCUGCUUCGUUUAAGGAGCCGAGAGGUUAACAGACCUCACUGGGCCCCAUUUCCUGAAAGAUGCAUCUGGCGUAAUUCCCCUGGAGACGGGGAAAUCAAUAUGUUACACAGGCACAUACUAUCAAUCGAUAUGUCUGUUUAAAAAAUGGAUAUUAGCUCAUUUGUAGUGGUUUGACAGGCAGUUAUCAGUUUAGCCCUGACAGAGGAAGAGACACAGCCUAGCACUGGCAGAAUAAUAGCAUUUUACACUGGUAGCUAACACUCAAUACCACACAAUACUCAUACAGGGUCUUUGACAGCCAAGCAGACAACUCAACCCAACUCCCUUUCCUUGCUUUUCAGUUUAGAUUUCCCUGUGGUUUACUCUUUCUUGUGUGUCCAUGUUGUGUGCUUGUCCUCUUUGUGUAGUUGUUCAAUCACAGAAGUGCUUGCCGUUUUGUUCAGCAUGCUAUCAGUGUAAGGUAUAUGUGGCUGUCCAAAUGUCUGCUUUUCUUUCCCCACUCUCCCUUUCUCUUCAUUCCUCUGUCUUAUGAGUUCUCACUGAUCAAUCUCCCUCUCUUUUUUCCAUCUCUUUCUCUCUCACACACUAUUUGUGUGAACCUGUUACCUGCAGAAGUACAGGCAGGGUAUGACUUGACAAACAGGCCAUACCUUGAUUGAACAUAGAACAGAGAUGCUGAUAUUUCUCAAAGGCUAGCUGAACCAAAGCAUCAUUUCUAUCAGUCACUUCUGCCCUUCUCCCUCCCUCCCCACCUCUGAAUUCUGUUCUUUCUCCUUCUUGCUCAUUGUCCCUGUGAGCUAGCAACACAGUCUGAACCGCAGUGUAUUUGCCUUUCAGGCAAGCACAGACCUUGUGAUAAGGAGUUGUUGUAGAGGUCAUGGUAAGACGAGGUGGGCAGAGGCUCCCCCUCCCUCCAUCCUUCCCUCCCCCCACACCAACUGAACAUAGCACACACACAGCCAUCUCAGAGACAAACACACACACACACGCUGCAGGCGUGCCAGACGGGAGGGUCCAAACCCGAGCAGAAAUGCAAACAUGACGCCGUGACCCUUCAUACACACACAUAUGUCUUAGGGGCAGGUGCAGCGUAGUGUGGAAUCCCCUGAACUCUUACCUCUGCAUCCAAACUCUCCCCCCUAAGGAAAGGAGAGAGAGAGAGAGAGAGGUCAGGAUAGUGCAGGGAAGUGAGGAGGGAGGAGAGAGGGAGGGAGGACUAGUAUUUCAGAAGAGCAGGGUGAUCCCUGGCGGUAGCUCUUCACCAGGGCCAGCUCUUUGUUUCAGUCAAGAUCAGAAGUCUGUGAGGAAACGUUUGAGAAAAAAUAAGAAACCCACACACUGCUCUUUAAGAAGCUUUACGUAUUGGCCUCGGCCUUCGUCAGAGCUUUUGUGAGAUUUAAAAUACGUUUUAAAAGAUGAGAAAAAUAACAACAGAAAAGGGAGCUGUUAUAGAUUUGCCAUGAAAACCAGUCUUCAUCCUUCUUUAUUCUUCAUCCAUUUCAUCCAUCAUUUUCAUCAUCCUGCUGCUUCUCCUAUUUCAUUAUCCUGUCUGUCUGUUUGGUGUACUGUAUUGUACUGUAUAUGUCCUGGGAAUCUGAGAAGGCCACCUGUAGCCUUAAUCCUCAGCCGGGCUGUAGUGGUGGCAACCACUUAAAUGCACCAGAAAACAACAAUAAUUUAAGGCCCAGAAAUAGGUUUUAGAUUGUAUCUUUAAGACACUGAUGGUAUGCAUAAUGCAAAUGAAACAAGAUGGUGCAUUUAAGUUGACUGCUAAGGCUCAGCUAUUGCCCAGCAGAUUGUUGUCAGUUCUGGGAUGUCAUGCUAAAAAGCGGAUUUCUCUGUCCCCCAUCUCCAGGAGAAAAAAAAAGUGCAUUCGCUACAUCCAAGGUGAAGGCAGCUGUGCCAGUCCUCCCUCUUCGGACGGAAGCUUACUAGACUCCCUCCCACCCUCCCCCUCCUCGGUGGCCCCCUCCCCCUCCUCGAAAGAGUCCAAACCUCAGACUGAACAAAUGCAACCUCUCUCACUGACUAUGAAACCGGCCCACCAGCCUCUCCACCACCCGCACCUCCUGGCUGGGCAUCCUCCUCCGCCAUCUUUGGUUCUGCUGGAAAACUCUGCUGCUGCAGCAGGUAAAAUGCCUGGCGCAGCCCACAACGGAGCCCAUGACCACGGCAAUGUCUCGUCCUCGCGGCAACCGGGCUCCUCAGGCGCCUCGCUGUCCCUGGCCAGGCCCUCGGCAGCAUCGCUAUGUCAUUCCCACUCGCUACACCCCAACUCCACGGCCCCUCAGCCUCUGUCGCUCGUGACCAAGUCUAUAGAGUAG